AAAGCCCGAGGUCUUGCUCGACCCACCUUCUUCUUCUUCCCCUGUCUCUCUCCUGUAUCCGCUCGCCGUUUACCCAAACCCUUGCCCCCGCGCCGCCACCCCCAAGAACCCCAUCGGCUCCGGUCCUCCUCUCCUCUGGCCGGCAUCCUCCAAUGGCCACCAAGUCCCAAAAGAAGAAGCUCUCCGCCCCUAACCCCUCCGUCGACGCCAAGAAGCCCAAACCUCAGAAACCCGUCGAGGAGCGAGAGACGGCGGUGGCGGCCAAGAAGCCAAAACCGAAGAAGCAGAAGGAGGGCAAGGAGGCCUCUGCCAAGAAGCCGAAGGAGCAGAAGGAGGUCUCUGCCAAGAAGACGAAGAAGCAGAAGGAGAGCAACGAGAUCGACGAGAUCUUCGAGGCCACCAAGAAGCGCAAGCUGCAGGAGCAGGAGGAGGAUGAGGAGGGGUCCGAGGGGGGCAAGAAGCCCAGGAAGGGCAAGGCCGAGGGGGCUAGUAAGAAGAAGAGCAAGAAGGAGACUGGGGGCAGAGGCUGGGAGCCCGGCCACGAUGAUGAGGUCGAGGAGAAGCGGCCGCGGCGGCGCACCAAUGACGGGCUCACCAUAUACUCCGCCGACGAGCUCGGGUUCGGCAAGGCCGACGCCGGCGGCACCGCCCUCUGCCCCUUCGACUGCGACUGCUGCUUCUGAGCCCUUCAGGGGUCCUCCGUGCCUGAGGUGAUGUAAUCGGGUUACGUCGCAGUGGUGUUUGUUGUAAUGCCUGGUUGAUUUGAUGACUAUGUGCUUAGACGUGUGAUCCGAUGAAAUGGAAUUUCAGUUUUAUACAA